UUGAGGCUUCCAAUGUCUCUCUUUCUUUGUUUCUCUGUUUUUCUCUCACUUACGAUGGAUCUACGUUCAGCUAGAAAAGGAUUUAUCAUGGUAAAACUGACUGACACCUGCCGUCUUCAAAGUGGAUUUUAAAGACAAAGUGGACUCCUUCAGUAUGCUGAACCAUCCUUCCUGUCACACACACCUUUUGGUUUCCCUUCUGUUGUUGACGUUUCCUUGGGACCGGGCGGUCUGUUCUCCUGGGGAAGGCAGGAGUAUCUGGCAGCGACCUAAACCAAGCCCCAUUAGUAAAGACCAGUCUUUUCUUCAGGACACCUUCCCCCCAGGUUUCUUCUGGGGCUCAGGUACAUCGGCCUUCCAAAAUGAAGGAGCCUGGAACCAGGAUGGGAAAGGCGUCUCCAUUUGGGACCAUUUUACCCACUCCUCUACCAGUGAUUAUUUUCCAAGAGAGACCGCAGAUGUGACAAGUGACAGCUACAACUGCUGGGAAGAAGAUGUAGAGGCACUGGGAUAUCUCGGUGUAAAGUCAUACACUUUCUCCCUCUCCUGGCCCAGACUUUUCCCUGAAGGCAAUGCCACUGGCGAGCCCAAUGCAGCUGCUGUGGAUCACUACAGUCGCCUCAUAGAGAGGCUCCUGGAAAAGAGAAUUGAGCCUAUUGUGACUCUCUACCAUUGGGACCUACCACAGGUGUUCCAAGAUCAAUAUGGAGGCUGGAAAAAUAGCACGUUAGUGGAGCAUUUUGAGCAGUAUGCAACGUUUUGUUUCAGUACUUUUGGGAGUCGGGUGAAAUACUGGCUCACAAUGCACAACCCAUACCUGGUGGCCGUGCAAGGAUAUGGGACAGGAGUGCACGCUCCUGGAGAAAAAGGGGGGGUCUCCAGCUCUCUCACGGUAGCCCAUAACCUGAUCAGGGCACACGCCAAAGCAUGGCAGAGAUACAACACUCAGUUCCGCCCAACUCAGAGGGGUAAAGUAUCCAUUGUUUUAGGUUCCCACUGGGUUGAACCCCACAGAGGUCAGCCCACAGCUGCCAACGUUGCUCUCUGUCAGCAGUCGAUGGAGGCCAUUCUUGGAUGGUUUGCUGAUCCCAUCUUUGGUGCCGGGGACUAUCCAGUCUCUCUGAAAAUAAAAUAUGCCGAUCUCAUGCCCAUGUUCACCCCUGAAGAGAAGCUCUGGGUGCAGAAAACAGCUGACUUCUUUGCUUUGUCGUUUGGGCCAAACAAUUUCCGUCUUGGCCAGAACCUGUUACACAAUGGGCAGAGCAUCACCCCAGACCUGCGACGCCUCCUGGGCUGGAUAAAACUCGAGUAUGGGAACCUGAGGGUACUGGUGGCAGAAGGGGGGUGGUUCUCUGACGCCAGCGUUGGAAGAGAAGACACAGUUGCCAUCUAUCUGAUGAAAAGUUUUAUUAACCAAGUCCUACAGGCCAUCAAGUUUGAUGGUGUGCAGGUAUUUGGCUACUCAGCCUGGUCAUUGUUGGAUGGAUUUGAGUGGAAUUAUGGCUAUAGUGUGAGAAGAGGUCUUUUCUACGUUGACUUCAAUCAACCAAACGGAACCAGGGUUCCCAAGACCACAGCUCAAUACUUCAAGCAAAUUGUCAAUGACAAUGGUUUUCCAGCUGAUGAAAACUCAUCAACAGAUGUUGAAGGCCACUUUCCUUGUAAAUUUCACUGGGGGAUAGCAGACUCUACACUGCAGGUCCGGUUCCUCCCUUUCUCCCCCCAGUUUUCUGACCCUCACGUAUACAGCUGGAACCUCACAGGAGACGGAUCCCUGCAACCACUCCCAGGGGUGAAGCUGAACACCAGAGCUGCCCAGUGCACAGAUUAUCUGGCUAUUCGCAAUCAUCUCCGCUUGUUUGCAUCCACUGGGGCAUCUCAUUACCGCUUUGCUCUUAACUGGUCUCUCAUUUUACCCGAGGGAAGCCGCUCAAACAUAAACACCGAAGCCCUGAGGUACUACCGCUGUGUGCUGACAGAGAUCAAGAAGCUACACCUGGAAGCUAUGGUCAUCCUGUACCACCCAACACACAGAGCUCCGAACUUGGGUUUGCCAGGGCCACUGCAUGUGUCUGGUGGUUGGCUGAAUUACACUACAGUGGGAGCUUUUCAAGAAUAUGCAGCACUUUGUUAUCAGGAGCUGGGUACCUGGGUUCACUACUGGAUCACCAUCAAUGAGCCAAACAGACUCAUAGAUAUUUAUUCCAAUGUCACAGAGAGGCAUCAAGCCGCUCAUAAUCUGCUAAUAGCCCAUGCCAAAGCCUGGAGGCUACAUGAGAAGGAGUAUUUUGGUGAACAGAAAUCACUGGUAUCUCUCGCUCUACAUGCUGAUUGGGCCAGCCCUGGUAACCCUUUUCUAGAGUCACAUACGGUGGCAACAGAAAGAUUUCUGCUGUUUGAACUUGGAUUCUUCUUGGACAAUUUGCUUGACACAAGAGAUAAGAAGAAAAAGGGGCAACAACCCUAUGAAAUGAGGGAAUUCCUGGGUGAAAGAGCAAGGGUAUUUGGACUUUCCAAAACACCUCUUCCUCAUUUUACCACAACUGAGAGACAGGAGCUGAACGGGGCAUUGAGUUUUAUUGCCUUGAAUCAUUUUACAACACGUUUAGUUUCUCCAAAUCCUCACAAACAGGACAUCCUCCAAAAGAAACCAGCACCCGAGCAUGAUUGUGUAACUUUCUCAGACCCCACCUGGAUGUCCUCCAGCUUGGGGCAAGCUCUGGUACCCUGGGGUCUACGGAAGAUGCUGAAAUGGGUGAAUCAGAGGUAUGGCAGAACUCUUCCUAUCAUUGUCACAGCCAGUGGGAUUGAUGACCAAGCUUCAGUAGAGGAUAACCUGAGGCAGUAUUACCUCAGGAGUUAUCUACAGGAGGCUCUCAAAGCUUACCAUCUUGAUGGAGUCAACUUACAGGGUUUCUAUGUGUGGAAACUCCAAGAUCGACAUGCCCCUCUGUUUGGUCUUUUUACCUCAACCCAACACCAAUCCAAAGCCAAGGCCUCUGUUGCAUUGUACAGAGAAAUCAUCGCUAACAGUGGUUCUUCUAACAAUAGCACAACGCAACUGUGUAAAUUCACUGAGCAGCAGGAAAAAUGUUUGACGUGUGAGUGGAUGUUGAAGAACAAACCAAUGCUGGUUUUUGGGGGCUGCCUUCUAAUAACCUCUGCCAUGCUAGCUGCACUCAUCAUCUUCAUUGUUAUCAGCAAGAGGAAUAAAAAACAUGGCAGAGGGAGGAAGAACAGGAGAGAGAACCAAAGGAGAAGAAAUAAAGCAUCAGCAUAUUGUUUAUGUGCUGAUGUUAGAUACUAGCUGUAGUAAGGACCUUAAUUUGUGCCGUAAAAAAUGUAGAGAAGAACCACAGAAUCCACCUGUGUGUCCAUCAUUAGUGUCUAUUUUUCUUGCAGUGACAAAUGAGUUCACUUGCAAUGUGUGUCACAAAACAUGUCAAAACAAUUGGCCUUACAUAGUCACAACAAACAGAAAGUAAACACUGUUUUAACUUUCAUAUUUUACCACUUUGCAGACAUAGACUUCAAUGUACUGUUAUUGUUCUACUUGAUAGACUAGCAUAUAGUGGUGAAGAAGAAGGAGGACAAUGUUUUUUUAAAUGUUUUUUUUUUAUUUAUUUAUUUUCUAAAAGCAAAAACCUAAAAGAUGUGGCCUGCAUUUGUAGUCAACCAAUUGAGCCAAUGGUUUAUAUCAUUCAGGGUAUCUUUACAUGUCUGGAAACUGGAUGAAGAGCACCUGUGAAUAUCGAGUUCUAAAUCUUUCCACAAAUUCUGAAUUGGAUUUUGUGUCAGGGAGAGUCAGUGUAGUACAUUAAUAUGUUUUUAUCCAGACCAUCUCAUUAUAACUUUGAGUUGUGAUCUUCCUGCCCUAUGUCAAGAUUUUUUAUAGAAACGCCCCAAAUUUAGCUUAAUUCCUCUUCCUACUAAAUCUAGCCAGCUUCACUGUCACUAGUGAGGAAAAGUAUCCUCACAACAUUAUGAUGCCAGCAACGUGUUUCACCAUGAAGAUGUCAGUUUUUAUUGGCAUGCUGCUUCACAUCCAGAGUACAUUCAAGUUUGUGCUUGUGAAAUGACCAAACAUGAAAUCACUGAAAAAUGUUGUCUUUUAACCAGAUUCUUAAAAAAAUGAGUCUACUUCAAGUGUGUGAUUAUUUACACCUUUACAGAUUACUAAAUUGACAAUUUCUCAACCUGCCUAAGGCAUUCAGUACUGAAAACAACAUGAAAUAGCUUCAUGAAAAUUGUACAUUUAUUAAAAAAUGUUAUUUUUUGUGUUACUCUGACAAUUUUUAAUUUAAUUGUGUGUAGUUCUAGUUUUUAUACGAAGAAGUCUGGUCGUCCUUAGUCAAGCGUUCGUCAAGCUGUGUAAUUCUCCUGGGAUGGAACAACAGUGCCAUCUGGUGUUAUUACGUGAUUCUGAGAUAAAACAAUCAGUCUGGAAGUCUGCUUUGAGAAAAAAACAAGAAACAUAAAAUGCAAGGCCACAGCAGCUCUUUGAAAGAUUUAAUGCAACUGCACCGGUGUCAGUCAAGAGUUAAGGCUUCUUAUUGACAGAGAAGUUGCCAGAAGGAAACUAUGCAUGGAAGACACAACCCUGUAGUGUUUGUUGAGUGUUUGUCAGUUUUUGUCACUUUUAAAUUUCGGAUAUGAUGUGCUGCUAAACUGUA